GAGAGGAUAACUGCCUGUUUGCUCACUCUUGUCGUCUUGCUCCCCCUCCUGUCCGCUCACUUCCACUCGCAGCGCUCCAACCGCCAGGCAGCCAGCUCCAGGGAUGCCCACCAAGGUCCCCACGUGAAGGGGAGACCGAGGCGGGGAGGGGGGCGGUGGGGGGACAACAGAGAGCGAGAGAGAGAGACGGGAGACAUCUGGAGGAGGAAGGAAGAAGGCGGCGGCGGGAAUAACGAGCAUCGCCGGAGGGAUGCGAGAACCGGAGGAGGAGAGAGAUGUGGAGUUUCUACUGUAUUGAGCCACUAGGAAAUGACUCGGUGAAAGAAGGGCCAACAGAAGAAAAGAGCUUUGAAGGGGGACAAUAAAACCAAGGAAGUGAGAGCCACAAAAACCGAAUGACGCAGGGUGUGAUGGAGAGCCAAGCGGGUCCGGUCCAUAACUUGGCUGUCCUUCCUCUUGUGGGCCCGAAGGACAAAGCAGUUGGAAAGGUCGAACAGCCAAUGUGAUGAACACAAAACUAAAGGACAGGUGGCAUCCUCCCUUUUUAUUUGCUCCCAUUCUUACUCAAAGAAGAAUGGAAAGGAAAAGCAACAGAACACACGCAGCAUUGUAAAGAAUAUUUAUGCAGCUGCAUAUAUUUAUUUUUCUACCUGCAGAAGAUAAAGGACUUUAUUCUUUUUCUUUUGACCUUUCAUCAUCUUUACCUGUGAAGAUGACAUUCCCUUGGGUUAAAGGCAAGGGAUAACCAGUGUGCGAGCCCAAAAAAAGACACCAGUUAUCCCAUAGAACAGUUUGCUAAAACUCCAGAUCUAUCACCGUAUUGAUGACGAUAAGGCCAAUGGAAAAUCACUGUCCUUGGUGAUGCACUGAUACGACCGGGCCUUCUGCGACACUUCGGACUGCCCGCAGAGUUGUUGGAUGUUGGGGGAGAGUGAGAGGAAAGAGCAAUGGUGAGCAAAGAGUCCAACCUCUUGCUGACGGGCCAAACUAACGGCAAGAGUCCCCUGGCGGAAAAGUCUGGGACAAUGACUGUGCGUUCGGUGCUGCUCAAUCGUGACUCCCCAGAUAUUGAGAGUCGCCUGAGGCGCCGUCGCAAUCGCACCCACCAGGUCCGCUUUAAAGACCUGGAGGAUGGCAGCAGCAGCAGCGGCAAUAGCGGCACUGGAGAGAACAACACCAACCAGAGGCCGAAAGCAGACUGCGAUAGUUCUCAUUCUUUGCGCAAACACAGCAGCAGGUCCCCCAUGGGACCUUGGGAGGACAGGGACGGACCACGAACUGACAGCCUACCUGGUCAGACCUCAGUGGUAGGGGCUGUGCGUGGGGACAUGGCUAGUACAAUAGAGGUCGUGGCUGCUUUUUUGGCCAGGGCCCCUCCUCAUCCACUGACGCCAGGACCCACACGUCGAUCCUGGGCACCGCCACAGACGAACUCCCUGACCUUGCCAAUGACAUGCAAGCCAAGCACCAGCACAGCCAUUCAGACGUCACCAUGCCUGAAAAAGUCUCUCUCUUCCACGCACACACGUAGCCACAGCCUGGGAGAUUCAUUGGGCAUAGACGGCGAUGAUGAACGCGACUCCCAGGAUGAGUACCUUUCACACAACCAUGUGGAGCUGCCGACCUCCAAAGAUCUGAAUGGUCCUCAAGGUCCUGUGGAUCAAACUGCGAUUGAACGGCGGUCGAAAACCUCCAGGGCGGAAAUGAAAUCGACUGUUGCUGCCACAAAAAACUGCAGGCACAGUUGUCCUCCAUCAGUCUUUCACAACACCGAGCCGUUCCACAGUUUCACCGCAUCCUGCCGAGACGGCCCCAAGCGACAGGGAAGUGUCACUCCCUCGCUGGUCAGGAGGCGAAAGCGUCUGAAUAGGACAACGAGCGAUCCUGGAAAAGACGUGCACUACUGCACCACUCCUACUCAGACUGAGGGCCCUCAUUCAACCCUGCCGCAUUCAAACACCAGACUUUGCGCUGCACGAGUUCAAACAGAGUGCACUUCUGCCAGUUCAAAAUAUUGCACUACACAAAGUCAAACGGAGGGUAAACAACAAUCUGCAGUCCAGAUUCAAACUAGCGGGUCCAAUUCGACCCUCUCUUUAAAUGUUACGCAGUGCACCACUCAGAUACAAACAGUCUCUCCCUUGCCUUCGCCAUCGCCUCCAGACCAUCAACCGUCCCAGACGCAAACAUCCAGCCCCUGUGCUUCUCCACCUCUGCUUGAAUCACCCAAUGCAGAACAAAUUCAAGUUGAGAGUCCCGUACCGCCAAAUGUGAUACAGGAGCCUCCCCCGACGCAAAUAACUACUGUGCCUUACUGUACAACUCCGCCUCCGACACGUGCACCAACACAGAACCGUGAAGAAUUCACUGAGCCAUCUUGCACCUCGUCAGCCGAGACAGCUAGUGUCCCCCCGCCUCCCUCACCAGCCCAGCCCGUUUCUUGCUUUGCACCCACUGUGAACUCGCACCCCAUCCCAUACUAUACUCACGUGACACCGUCAGGAUCUACCAGUGCGCCACUAGUCCGCUCCACUCCAUUGCAAGCACCACCAGCAUGCCCGACUACAAACUGCACCCCACCUGUCCCAAACAUGCCAUCACCGAUUACACUCACCUGUCUCACCCCUACUCCUGAAAAUAACCCAGGUUUGGCUACAUGUGAUCGCAUACACCAAACCACUACUCAACCACAGCCACCAAAUGCCUAUCCGGCUACAAAUCAAGCACCAUGUACAAUCGUGACACAAACUGCUUUGUCUUGCACCUCCAUCUCCUAUUACACUACAACGCAUGCAGCGGGCCCUCUCCACAAUUCUGCUACCCCUUCGUGUGCAACCCUCAUACAAACCAUAGCUCACUGCAACAUUCCAUGUCAAACUUUGCAAAACGCCUCCUCGGUCAGCGUAGGCGUAGCACCCUACUGCGCUCAAGUCCCCAAACUAACAACGUGCACAUCGCUGUCGCCACUUGUCAAUCUUCCAAACGCGCACCAUUGCGCGACGCCGACAAAAGCCGUUCCUCUUUACUCGUUUCGAGCAGCACCGCCAUACACCCCUCCCUCUCAGGCCACCUUGAAUGCUCAGGAUAAGAAGGGCAUUCGACUCCCACCUCCUGCGCCGCCACCACCACCCUACACACCACGUAAAAAGGGAACCGACCCGCCAGCAGCUGGAGAGCGAACACCCGGAGAGAGCAAGCCCAAAGAGGAUAAAGAUGAGAAGAAAGAAACUGUAAAAUGCACCGACACAGCAAAGCUCUGUGAGAGAGCCAGCUCUCUUAAACACAGGGCUAAAACUCCGCCAAUUUGUGUGGUGAAGGCAGAAAAGCCGGCCUCUCCCGCCAAGGCCUGUUUUAAGCCCAGCUGUCUCAGCUCAGCCCGGGCACAGCUUGGGGUACUACACAAAAUGCUCUGCGCAGGAGUCAACGCUCCCAACAGCCAACAUGCUCUCCCUCCAAACCAGCAGGGCUGUUCCGGGGCCAAAGGUUGUGCAGUUUCCGGGGAGAAGCCCCUGACUCCUAUACAGGCUGACACGCUGAGGCAGGUGCAGGAGAUUCUGGGAGGGUUAGUGUCCGGGGCCAAGUGUAAGUUGGACCCGGCCCGAGUGACAGAGAAGCUCCUGGGUCCCAAUGGGCCCUUGCGUGACAUUCGGAGCCUGCAGAACCAUCUCCACAGCCUAGAGGGGGUCCUGGAGACCAGCCAGAAUACCAUCAAAAUCCUACUGGAUGUCAUUCAAGAUUUGGAGAAGAAGGAGGCUGAGCGAGACGGAAGACAUUCAUACCGAACCGGUCAGGACAUUGAGAACUGUGGGACUUGCAGGGACUGCGCCUGCAUCAUUUACAGCGUAGAGCACGACUUUCGUCUUCAGGAAGGACAGGUGGUCCGCACGUGGAAGGUGGGCGACCCUCCCGAGGGCUCGCCCCAGACCUCCACCCCUCCGUCCGGCUCGCCCAGCCAACAGGACUCCCCCCAGGCCGUGCGUCCCACUGCGACCACCAAGAAGAACAGGAAGAAAUGCUUCUGGUUCCUCUGAAAACAAAAAAGACUUUUGCUACUGCAAUACCCCCGCAGACGGGGGAUUUCAUGAGCGACCUGGAGGAUUUUAACAUGCAAAUAUACAAAAGAAAAACUGUGGGAGUACGAGACACAAAGGUUGAGAUUUGAACGCCUUUUUGUUGGAGGUGAUGACAAUGCCUUGAUGUGCUUUUAGAGCUCUCCAAAAAGGCCUCUUCAGCUUUGUUAUGGCGCCGGACGGUCGCUUCAAGUGCAAUAUGACUAAGCAAUGAUGAGAUGUAAAGAGAAUAAACACAGAUAAUAUACACUACUGACAGAAAGUUAGGUAUCGCCACCUUUCGGGUGAAAUUUCAGGAUGAACCUAGAGGUGGACUUAAUUAGACCUUCUCUAAACUUUUGACUGCACAUGUCAAACUGUUGUGUUUCAGUACUUUUUGCACAACUUGUUGUCCUCUAACAAGGAUUAAUAUUAAUUAAUUACCUAAUCAAUGAAUUAAUUAUGUCAAAAUGUGAACAGCAUGAUUAAGCAGACUGUUUAAUUACUGACUGAACCAGGAAACGUUUUGGUCUCUUUGCAGAUUAAAAACCAUGUGUGAAUUUUGUCAUUCAGCUCCUUGUUAGAGGGCAGCAAGCUGUACAAAAAGUACUGAAACAUUGAACAGUUGGACACAUGCACGCAAACGUUUAGAGAAGGUCAAAUUAAGUGGGUUUGUAAAGGUUAUAGUGCAUUUUAGGUUCAUACUGAAAUUUUUAGAAAAACACCUCACUUUCUUUGAGUAGUGUAUAUAUAUAUAUAUAUAUAUAUAUAUAUAUAUAUAUAUAUAUAUAUAUAUAUAUAUAUAUAUAUAAGAUCAAAAGGAGCUGUUUUACAAAUAUAUAUAAGAUCAAAAGGAGCUGUUUUACAACAUUAAGAGAUUUUGGAGUCAUCGUCAUUAAUGGACUAAUGAGGGUCAGAACACCAGCUUUUAUACUCAGAGACAUUUAAAGACACCAUCAAAGACUUGUAUUUAAAAUAUUGAAAAGAUACGUCUUUUACUAUUAUAAUUGUGGAAGAAACCACAACACAUUUCCACAUGAGCAAACAUUUCCCUUCCCACACACAUUCUCCCACACGUAUAUAAACUACAUUUACAUUAAAAAGUACAGUAUAUAAGAGACUUCUGUGCAUAUUCUGCCAUGAUGUUAUAUUUCAGAUAUGGAAUAAUGCUCUAUAAAAAAAGUA